AGCUUUUUUAGUUCAUAACGCUUCCUCAUUCUCUCAACCUUCAAGCACUAUAAAUCCGAACCCUCUCUUUCAAUCUCUCUCACACACACGUGCUAGUGAUAUAACUCUUCUUGUAUUCCUUUUUGUGAUAGUAAUAGAGAACAAAGAAACAAGUACAACGAUGGUUGUUCUUUCUUCCCAACAAGCCACAUUAAACGACUUAUUUCCCAUAAACACAUGCAAACCAACACCAACAACUGUAUUGAAAGGUGUUCCAGAGGUUGACCUUUCACACCCUGAUGCUAAAACACUAAUAGUCAACGCAUGUAUAGAGUUCGGAUUCUUUAAGGCUGUCAACCACCAUGUUCCAUUAGAGCUCAUGACCAAUUUAGAAAAUGAAACACUCAAGUUUUUCAAACAAACUCAGUUAGAGAAAGAGAAAGCAGGUCCUCCGGAUCCUUUUGGUUAUGGAAGCAAAAGUAUUGGCACAAAUGGAGAUAUUGGUUGGGUUGAAUACCUUCUUCUCAAUACUAACCCUGAUGUCAUCUCUCCCAAAUCUCUUCACCUUUUACACCAAAACCCAAACAAGUUCAGGUGUGCUGUGGAAGAAUACAUAUUGGCAGUGAAGGAAGUGUGUUGUGAAGUGUUGGAAUUAAUGGCAGAUGGAUUGGGGAUUGAAGAGAGGAAUGUGUUUAGCAGAUUGGUGAGAGAUGAGAGAAGUGAUUCUUGUUUGAGAGUAAAUCACUACACUGCAUGUGGAGAAGUUGAAGCAUUGAGUGGAGGAGGAAAUUUGAUUGGAUUUGGGGAACAUACAGACCCACAGAUCAUAUCUGUUCUGAGGUCUAACAAUACAUCAGGAUUGCAAAUUUGUUUGAGAGAUGGAGUUUCUUGGGUUUCAAUCCCACCUGAUCACACUUCUUUUUUCAUCACAGUCGGGGAUUCCUUACAGGUGAUGACAAAUGGAGGAUUAAAGAGUGUAAAGCAUAGGGUUUUGACUGACACAAACAUGUCAAGAUUGUCGAUGAUUUACUUUGGAGGACCACCCUUGAAUGAAAAGUUGGCACCUUUGCCUUCAAUAUUGAUGUCAAAGAAAGAACAGAGUUUGUACAAAGAAUUCACAUGGAGGGAGUACAAAAAUGCUGCAUAUAAGUCAAGGUUGGCUUAUAAUAGACUUAGUCUUUUUGAGAAAAAAUCUGCAGCUCAAUGAGGACAAUUGAGUUGAAAACUUCUUCCAUUUUGGUCAUGUAGUUAAGGAAGGUUCAAAUAAUUGUAGACUCCCUUCUUUUACAUAUGUAAAAAAAAAGAUUGGAGAUUGUUUGGUUUUGAGGUGAAUUUUUUUUAAUUUUAAAUAAAUAAACUUUAAUUAAAAGU